AUACACAGCAUAUAUAAAUCUGGACCAAGGCUGUAGGCAAUAAUGUCUAUGUAAAAGGUGGGAUAAACAAACGGUGCUCAAAAAUUGGUGUGAGGGCCAAACAUGGACCGUGUGGGAAAGAUCGUGUUUUAUGAAGACAGAAACUUCCAAGGUCGCUAUUAUGAGUGCAGCAGUGACUGUCCAGAGCUGAACGCCCAUUUCAGUCACUGCAACUCUAUCCGCGUGGAGAGUGGGUCCUGGGUACUCUAUGAGAGGCCUAACUACAUGGGCUACCAGUACAUACUGACCAGGGGGGAGUAUGCACAUUAUCAGAGCUGGAUGGGCUACAAUGACAGCAUCAGGUCAUGUCGGAUCAUACGGAACACCUCUGGUGCAUUCAGGGUCCGUGUUUAUGAGCGUCCUGACUUCAGUGGUCAGAUGUUGGACUGCACUGAAGAUGAGAACAACCUGCCCGACCGCUGGCACCACCGCGAGGUUCACUCUGCCCAAGUGCAGGAUGGCGCCUGGGUCUUCUACGAGCUUUCCAACUAUCAUGGACGCCAGUAUCUCCUGGGAAGAGGAGAGUACCGCCGCUUCAAUGAGUGGGCUGCCAUGAGUCCCAAUGUGGGGUCUUUCCGCCGUGUCCAUGACAUGUAGACAGUCUAUCGCAUGUUUUCAGUCUAUCUCAUGUUCUUUGCACAUUUAAUAAAAAAAAAUUGUGCUCAGUA